AUGACGCCCCUUCCCGAAAUUGGGCCAACGCUCAGGUAUUUAAACAUCCCCAACUGUCCAUCAGAUAUCAUUACCGUUCGCAGUACCGAUUCAACAAGUGCCAAAAUGAUCGCAAAGGUUGUUCUUCUCUGCUUGGCCACUCUGGCAGCAGCCCAGUAUGGACCUAAGUACGACGCUCCAGUGUACGCAAAGCCUUACGGAGCACCUGCACCUUAUGAAGAAAAACCUCAGCCCUACAGUUUCGGCUAUGAUGCCAAAGACGAAUAUGGUGCCACUUUGAACCGAAAAGAAGAAAGUGAUGAUUAUGGUAACAAGAGAGGUUCUUAUGGAUACACCGAUGGUUAUGGCAUCUACCGACAGGUCGACUACGUCGCUGACGAAAAAGGUUUUCGAGCAGUUGUAAAGACCAACGAACCAGGAACCGAAAACCAGAACUCAGCUGAUGCUGAAAUUCACUCUGAAGCCGCUCCAGUCAAAUACGAGCCAGCACCAGCUUAUGCAAAACCUUAUGUACCAGCUGCACCUGCUUAUAGUAAACCAGCCCCCGUCUACAAACCUGCACCCGCUGCCUAUGCUCCAGCACCAGCUUACAAACCCGCCCCAGCAGUCUAUGCCCCAGCUCCAGCUUAUCAACCAGCACCAGCUGCCUAUGCUCCAGCACCUGCUUACAAGCCUGCACCUGCCUACGCUCCAGCUCCAGUAUAUGCUCCCGAACCUGCUUACAAACCCGCUCCAUCUGUCUAUGCUCCAGCUCCAGUUUACAAACCUGCACCAGCUGCAUAUGCUCCAGUUUAUGACUCAGCUGCACCCAAAGUUUACUCUGAGCCUGCUUACCCAGGUGUUCCAGUUUAUGAGUCCGCACCAGCACCCUAUGAACCUGUUGCUCCAGCUCACCCCCCUUUCCCUUCUCAACCAAGCGGUGACAGCCAUGCACCUUACUAAAUAAAAGGACCAUACCUCAACUGUAAAAAAAAUCUUAUUUAUUAUUAUUUAAAUAUUUAAUGUUUGUUUUUACGUUUGUUUGUUAGCACUUCUUAGUCUUUUCAUGAGAAUUCUACUUGCGAAA